AUGCGGGAGCCGGACACCCUCGGGUCGUGGACAUUGUCCCGUCCGGUUGGCCAACCGCGACGUCGAGCCUGGCUCCCGACCAACCCGAUUCCGACCUCCUUCCCACCCUUGCACCUUUGCACCCUCAACCCUCAACCCUCAACCAUCAAC